GGCUGUCCAGAAAUAAACAAUUGAAUACCAGUACAACUACGUUACACUCCAAAACAUUACGUACGGUCAAUAGAAACAGAGUAUACAUACUCUGCGUUCGUACCAGAUGGCCUUCUUCACCGGCGCUUCAGCAGGCGACGCAGGGACGGAAUGAUGAGUUACAGCUCUCUUCACUCGUCUUCACAAAUGGGCAGUCUGGCAGCGAAGCAGUACGGCGUUGCCCUCCGGCAAUUCCUGUAGAUGGUAAAAAUGGUCCGGCUACACAACAAUUGACCUGCGGCGGUGAAGCAAUCCAGCACCGGUGGCUCUUCACUUCGGCGGUACUCUCUUCUCCGAAUGGUAUGUCAUAACGAUUGACCUCCCGUCUUCACAGGUGGUGCUCUGCCUUCUCCUUCUUCUUCGGCGCUGCUAACCCCCCUCUAGGCAAUCUUCUCCUCCGACGGAAAGAAGUGGCAAACUCCCCAGCAUCGGUCGAUGUUAGGAGAUGGUACUGUUCGGCAGCAGUUUGGUCUCGUAUCAGCACCUCCGGCAAGUUUCAUAUCACUCCUCCGGUGACAAUGAUCUCUCAGUUCUACUAGCGACGGAGUCCGGCGAUGUGCUUCAUAUAUAGUAUAGUAGCGCAUGUUUCCUUUCCUCCGUGCAGG